UUGGAGAGAACCCUGGCUUGUGGUUCCUUUCAUUGGUUCUCACUAUGGCAAGGUAAAAAUAGAGCAAGUGGAAAAUCCAGCUUUUAUCAUGUGUCAUCAGAAGCUUCCUUACUAUCUGGAGACAUACUACUGGACUUGUGACUAGAAGGAAGACAUGAAAAGUGUAUGACAGCUUUUUGGAACCCUAAUAUUUUGAAGAAAAAAAAAUAAUAAAGUAGUUGAUUACAGGAUUUGAGGAGGAAAAAAAAAAAAUGUUUGCUUUAAGUGAAAAACUGAUACUGGAUUGUAGUAAAGGGAUCUACAAAAUUGCUCAGAUUCUUAAGAGUGGAUUUGGUUCUCCAAACCUCUGCGCUGUGCUACAGCAUGCUUCAAAGCAGAAGAUACUUUUGAAAUCAGCUUUUUCACUUCCGGAUCUUACGGAGCAGUUUUCACCUCCUGAUGUUGCUCCACCAAUCCUCAUCAAGAUAAUAGAGACAAUUGAAAACAAAGGUCUGGAGUGCUCAACUUUGUAUGUAACACAAAGCUCAAGCAGCUCAGCAGAAUUAAGACAAAUUCUUGAGUGUGGUAAGUACAGCUUUCUUCCCUGAAGAGCUAGGUGGAUU